AUGAAGUCUGCGCCAACGGCUCCACAAUUGCUCAGCUCAAAGCCUUUAUCUGUAACUAAAGACAGUGGUCUCAACUUCGUACAUAACCUCGUCCGCGAUCAGUUUCAUAUCUCGACGUGGCUUCUCAUUGGCGCCAGUAUCCAAUGCCUCCUGCUCUUGCUGCCGGUCCCAGAUUUUUACAUUCGCAGCUUGGCCCUUCUCAUCCUCGGUAUCAAAGUAGCUGAUACCGCACUCAUGGCUCUCGGCCUCAAGAGGAACACCUACAUGGAUGGCACUAUGGGCAGAGUUACCGCUAGAUAUCCCUUUCAGCAGGCCUCCGACAAUGCGCUGUCAGAUGCUUCGACAGGCAAUGUUGCUGUGCUUCUCCUCGGCUUUCGUUCUAACCAUCCGCUCGGUAUCCUCGCCCCGGGUGCUGGGACCAUCACGAACUACUUCACUAGCAUGCUCGACGAUUUGGAGGCGAACGCACCAUCCAAUGGUUAUCUCGGCUCAUCUUCAUAUCUCGACGCAGGCCACCGCACCACCUCCUCAGCCGUCAUGACAAACUUCUAUUUCCGCUCGGCGCAAGACGUCCACGCAUUUGCGCAUGGCCCUGCUCAUCGCGCGGGCUGGGACUGGUGGAACAAGUUUAUCAAGAACCAUAAAUACCUCGCGAUCAUGCACGAGGUGUACGAGGCACCUGCAGGAGCGUGGGAGAAUAUCUAUGUUGGCUUCGAGCCGAUGGGAUUCGGUGCAACGACCCACAAGGUUCAAGAUUCGGAGGGGAAGGACAGGUGGACAAGUCCUGUUGUGGAUGCAAACCGAGGGAGACUUAGAACUCAUCGGGGAAGAAUGGGGCUGUCCGAAGGCGAUGAUCAUAGUUUUGGAGUCGCCUGA